ACCUUUUAAGUAUGUUCCGUAAAAGCACACCGAAAAUAUUUUUUUAUUGUAGGGUAGGAAUAUUUCUGUCUACGUUCUUCGUUUUGUCUGGCAACGGUACUCAGCUAAUCGCUAGUCUGUACUGUAGGGAAGUUCUUUGUUGACAUAGACGUACAGGCGGUUCACUUUAGCUGGCUAGUUAGCGCUCAUAAUAGCGACUUUACUAGCUUGUUUGCUAUGUUAAUUAACAUAUCUUGCUAGUUAGCAACGCAUUCUAGCGAAUGUUACGAUUUGUGCACUUUGGUAUCUGCGUAUUGUUGUUGCUGUACAGCUAGAGAUGUAUUAACCGGGAGACAAUGUCUAGUUGCUGGCUCGUUCGGAAGGAUGGAAGCCAUAAACCAAUACGCCUACCUCAUCUCCAGACAGUGCUGUUGGGUCGGGGACCCGAAACUACAAUUAAAGACAAAAAGUGCUCCAGGGAACAAGUGCAACUGAAGGCAGAUUGUAACAGGGGAUACAUCUCUGUCAAACAGCUUGGUGUGAACCCCACCAGCGUGGGUUCAGACCCCGUUGGACAAGGGAAGGAGGUGAGGUUGAAGCCUGGGCAGCUGCUCUACAUGGUCAACCAGCUGUACCCCUAUACCGUUCAGUUCAGGGAGGAGUCCUCCAACCCCAACCCCAACUCCAAGAGACCCCACACGCCUGGGUCAGAGGAGCGGGACGCCGACGCCAGGCCCCCCGGGCACAAGGUGCCCCGGCCAGAGGGUCCCGAAAAAGGUCCCAGCCAGCACAGAUCCGCAGGGGCGCUGGGUAUGCCCCCCUCAAAAACACAGCCCCGCCCCCCAGAGAAGACACAGCCCCGCCCCCCAGAGAAGACACAGCCUCGCCCCCCAGAGAAGACACAGCCCCGCCCCCCAGAGAAGACACAGCCUCGCCCCCCAGAGAAGACUGUGGGCAGCAGCGCACAGCCCCAAGCACAAGAGACGGGUGGACACUGGAGCCAAGGCCUGAAGGCCAGCAUGCAGGACCCCACAAUGCAGGUGUACAAGGACGAGCAGGUGGUGGUCAUUAAGGACAAGUACCCAAAGGCGCGCUACCAUUGGCUGGUUCUCCCGUGGGAGUCCAUCUCCAGCCUGAAAGCCCUGCAGGGGGCGCACUGCGGCCUGCUGCGGCACAUGCAGCGCGUGGGAGAGCGCAUGGUGCAGCAGUGCAGAGACGCGCAGUCCCUGCGCUUCCGCAUGGGCUACCACGCCAUCCCCAGCAUGAGCCACGUACACCUACAUGUGAUUAGUCAGGACUUUGACUCUCCUUGCCUGAAAAACAAGAAACACUGGAAUUCCUUCACAACUGACUACUUUAUUGAUUCUCAAGACGUGGUGGCGAUGCUGGAGCGGGACGGGCGCGUGACGGUGCAGGAGGGGGCGGGCGAGCUGCUCAAACUGCCUCUGCGGUGCCACGCGUGCCACAGAGAGCUCGCCACCAUGCCGCAGCUGAAGGAGCACCUGAAGACCCACCUGCCCAGUCCAGCAGUUAAUCUCGCAGACACCGCCAGUCACCUGAGGAUGUGAAUGUGCUGCUUUUGCUGCCUUGGCCACAGGGGGUGCUGCUGAGCAAUGGGUCACAGAUUUCCCUCCCUCUCCCUCUGCCUCUCUCCCUCUCUCUCUCCCUCCCACAAUAUCUCUCUCCCUCCCUCUGUGCCUCCCUGGGUGACUAGAAGCACUGCUGCCGUGCCUCAUGGGAAAGACAGGCAGAGGGAACAGGAAUAUCACUGUAGAACUACAGCAGCGUUCCACACAGUAGCCUUCCAUAGGAGUGAUUCAGGGAAUUUUCACCCCCCCGCCGCCCCCCCGCUGUACAAUUAAAAGUUUCCAAAAAAAUUACGGCUCAAGUUUAUUUUUUGUUUCAUUCAUAGAAUGACAGACAGGGGGCGACACUUCCCUUUUAAAGACGUGUGUUAGUAUCUACAGUGGAAACUUUACAGACUUCAGUCGGACCAUUUCUUAAAAGGUGCUGUCAUUAAUAAAAUUAUUUUUUGUCUAAAUGGACAUAUUGCAUGGCAAACUGCUGAAGCGAAGCAGGUCUGGGCUUCGACUGUAAAACAAAGUUCCUGGUGAAAGAUGUUUUGGUGGGCCUACAUGAACAGUUAAAGUUACAGUUAGUGACAGUUAAAAGUGACAGUUAACCAGUGACGUUUAUGAAACCAUUUGCCAUUUUAAUCAGACUUUUCUCCUGUAAUCACAGAGAACUUUAGCUGCAAUUAAGGCAGUCUCACAGAAAAGUACAUUUUCUCAACGAAAAAGUGGAAUUAUGGUGAUCUUGGAAAGGUGUCUUCAGUGUGAAGUGCAACUUUGAACCAGGGACAAAGCAUUUGGGAACAAAUGUACAAGGUUUCAGUCUUAGACAGAAUUAAAGACUUUGUUGUGUGUUAUAAAUCCACACAAACUAAUGCAGAUAUCUGUCUCCAUACUCCCUUGUGCACUGUGUGCAGGAAGUCCCCCCCCCUUCUUAUUUAAC